CAGACGCGCAGCGCCAGCGCAGUCAGCCGAAUAUCACUCUUGCUCCCGACCGCCAACUUGCGCGAGCCCGCCCUCGCGAACGGCGCCAGCAAUGCACACGUCCGCCCGCUAUGUCAUCCUUGCCCUCACCAUCCUUAUUUCCCUCCACUACAUUCUUUCUUCGACGCACGAAGCAUACGGAAAUGCCACGUCAAUCGACAGCCUCGCAUCCCGCCUGCGCGGCCGGCCAUCCGACAAGGUGAUCGUACCCGAGGAGUACUACGACACCCCCGCAAUUCCCGGCACGAACCACUCGUCCCCCCACCACGACCGCCCGAGCGCGACCUUCGUCAUCCUCGCGCGCAACUCAGACCUGGACAGCACAAUACAGAGCGUGCGCAACGUCGAGGACCGCUUCAACCGCAAGUACAAGUACCCUUACGUCUUCCUCAAUGACGAGCCCUUCUCGGAGGAGUUCAAGAGCCGGCUCUCCAAUAUCAUCAGCAGCACCGCUGAAUUCGGCCUCGUCCCGCGCGAGCACUGGGUCCAGCCGGACUGGAUCGACGAGGAGAAGGCUUCUGCGUCGCGCAAGAAGAUGGAGGAGGACAACAUCAUUUACGGGGGAAGCCUGUCGUACCGCAACAUGUGCCGCUUCAACUCGGGCUUCUUCUUCCGGCACCCGCUGCUCGACAAGUAUCGCUGGUACUGGCGAAUUGAGCCCGAUGUACAAUUCCACUGCGAUCUGGACUUUGACCCGUUCGUGUAUAUGCAGGAGAACAACAAGGUGUACGCAUUCACGAUUGCAAUGUACGAAUUCGAAGCUACGAUCCCCACGUUAUGGAGCACCGUAAAAGACUUCAUCAAGGAGCACCCCGAGUACGUCGCAGAAGACAACGCGAUGGGUUUCUUGUCAGACAACAACGGCGACUCGUAUAACCUCUGCCAUUUCUGGUCCAACUUCGAAAUCGCCGACCUCGAGUUCUGGCGCGGGCCCGCGUAUACCGCCUUCUUCGACUACCUCGACAAGCGCGGCGGGUUCUACUACGAGCGGUGGGGCGACGCGCCCGUGCACUCGAUCGCGGCGGCGCUGUUCGCGAAGAGGGAGCAGAUUCAGUUCUUUGAUGAAAUCGGUUACUCCCACAACCCGUACACGCACUGUCCGCAAAGCGAGGCGAAGUGGCGGCGCGGGAAGUGCGCAUGCGACCAGAAGCGCAGCUUUGACUACGAUGGGUACUCGUGUAUGAGGCAGUGGGAUCGGAUACAGGGUUGAGUGGUUGGCGCGCGGGCUCGAGAAGGGGAGAUGGUGCGAGGAUGGAGGUUGAGGUGGUGACCGUGGUGUGCAUGCUCGAGGUGGUGUGAACGGAGGUUGAGUGGUGUGGAUGGAGGUCGAGGUGGUGUGGAAGGAUGAGAAGGGACGAGGAUAGUGGCAAGAGACAGUACGUUGAGCGACGGAGAGACAGUACAACGAGCGAAGGAGAGACAGCACGACGAGCGAAGGACAGUAGUAGUACGAGAGCAUGCAGAGACCCGUCGAAAACGCACGAUUACCCGCAUAUUUAUUUGUACCUUACUAUUCUCACUGUAUCACAUAGCAGAUUUCAGUAUAGACCUCCCAAGCUGACAUUGGCAGGUGAAGGAGGAGCGACAAUUUCACAGCCAUCGACCUGAGAA